ACUUGAGGAUGGACUCGUUCAGCACCAAGAGCCUGGCCCUACAGGCGCAGAAGAAGCUGAUGAGCAAGAUGGCCACCAAGAGCGUGGCCAACCUCUUCAUAGACGACACCAGCAGCGAGGUGCUGGACGAGCUGUACCGCGUCACCAAGGAGUACACGCGCAACCGCAAAGAGUCGCAGAAGAUCAUCAAGAACCUGAUCAAGAUGGUGGUGAAGCUGGGGGUGCUCUACAGGAACAACCAGUUCAACAGUGAGGAGCUGAUCCUGGUGGAGAAUUUCAGGAAGAAAGUCCACACGCUGGCCAUGACGGCGGUCAGUUUCCACCAGAUCGAGUUCACCUUCGACCGCCGCGUCAUGAGCGCCAUCCUGAACGACUGUCGCGAACUCCUGCACCAGGCCAUCCGGCGCCACCUGACGGCCAAGAGCCACUCGCGGGUCAACCACGUCUUCAAUCACUUCGCCGACUGCGACUUCCUGGCGGCUCUGUACGGCCCCUCCGAGGUGUAUCGAGCCCACCUGCAGAAGAUCUGCAACGGGGUCAACAAGAUGCUCGACGACGGGAACCUCUGACCUUAUUCUUGACACUGCUUGUUGGAUUUCCCUUCCUUUUUUCUUUAAGAUGACAAUCAUAAACAUUGGUAUUUUUUCAUUAGUUUGUGGUGCCUUCCAGACGUUACCGUAAAACUGACUAAAGUUGGUCCAAAGGUGAUUUUUUUUACACCGUACAUAAAAAAACUAUCUCCUAUUAUAAAAAUGAAUGUAAACCUUUAUGCUUUUAUCAGUAUAUUCAGGAGCAUGAGCCUCGACAACUGUGCCUUUAAGAUCACGUUUUACUAGACUCUUCUGCUCUUUUACUUUGAACAUAAAUCGAGACGCGGGCUUUCGGGUUUAUCUCCGUUACGUGCCUUUAAGGGACAUGAGCCUAGAGGGGAGAAAAUUAUUUUUCAAGGAUUUAAAGACGUGAUUUAUUUUUUAUUAUUAUUCUUUUUUUGUUUGUUUGUUUUGUGUGUGUGUAAAAGUGGUGUUGCACUUAAUCCUGAACAAGCGCUGUACUGCACCUCCCUGCAGUAAUGACACCAUGUGAAGCACAGCUGCUGGGUAAUCCUGCUUAGCCUGCAUUUUACCGCUCUCACCGGCGUGCACUGAACUCUGCGCUCCGAACAGAAGCCAGGCCUUUUCUUUUCAAGGCAAAUAGGAAUUUUUAGCGCUCUGGUUACUUACUGUUUGAGACCAAAAAACAUGAAGGGAUUUGUAGUGUUGAUGGCGUUAAAUGUCUCCGCGUGCUAACGGGGCCGGGCGAAGCAGCACCGUAGCAACAGGUGCACCGUGCAAACCUUUCUGGAGCCACAGGAAAUGAAAGAAGCAGAGGAGGAAGGAAAAAAAGUGAAACCACUCAUCAUAAACGAUGUUUGAAACCAGGUUUCGUCUCCGCUUCAUCCCAAAAAAAGGGCGCUAAAACUCCGGCUCGGAUUCUGUCAGAUCCGAUCUGAAACGGCUCCCCCAAAUCAAGAGUGGGAUGAAAGCGUAGCUCGUCGGGGCGGAGGGGCCCCGGCCACGUGCACAAAUUAAAGCGGAGACAAACACAGCACCUGAUUGUGCUCUCCCACUGCAAUUACAGCUCCCCUCUCUCCGAGGCGAUGUAAUGGCCCCUGAGCUCGCCUCUUGUCGAGCAGCCACUCCAUUUCUCCACGCCGCAGCCCGGCGUGAUGCAGAUCACCGUCUUUUGUUUGCUGCAGGUGGCUUUAAUGGAGCGAAAGAUGUCGUGUUUCUUUUAUUUUAAGGAGCGUGUGAAUAGCUAUCCCUCUGUAACCUCACGUAAUGACUGUCUUUUCCCUUUCUGUCCAUGUGUUUUUGUAUCACCGACUUCGUCUAGGAGAUUAUUUGGUGCCGCGGCCUCAUUUUGUAUUCUGAGGGUGUGUGUGUGUGUGUGUGUGUGUGUACCUGUGAGAGAAUUGGAAAUUGAGCCGUGUAAUAAGUGCUGCGCUUUCCCAGAUAGGAUUGCUGAAACUAACUUCUUCCACAGCAGCUCAGCCAAAGAAAACAGGACUGAUGUUACUCGAAAACGCAGCCUUUUCUCAAAGUGAUAAACAUUAUGCACAUGCUAAGUAUAACCUUGCUACUGAUAAUAAAGACCUAGUUUCGCUCUGUUUUUAUUCACUUUUAAAAAUGUUUAGAUGACUUUUAUCAUUCCGCAGAGCUGUUUGACUGCAGCGCCUUCGAAAGGCUUUGAAGAAAAUCCUUUCCCUCAAAAGAGUCGUCUCAUAAUUGCUCUUUCUGUGCUAUUUUUCUCCACUCUGUUCACAUCUCAGGGUUAGUUUAAAUCUACAAGUUUAAAAAAUAUGUCUACAAGCACCACGAGCCACUGCUGCAGCAAACUCACACCAGUAAAGUCUAUCCGUGUUGCAUUUAUGUACAUAAACUGUUUUAUCGUGUGUUAUGUUCCUUUAUGACAAAUAUAUGACCUUUUUUUUAAACAAAUAAACCUUGCCUGGUUUUUCUAUUUUUAAAAA